AGAGUCUCCCGAACAGCUUCUCAAUGGCGACUCCCCUGUUGAGGGCCAGGAGGAGGAACUUAGCGGUGGUCUUUUCCAGAUCUCCGUGAAGUUGCCUCGCGAGCCCUACAAGAUCCAGGUCAUGGUGGGUAUCUUGUCUACAGGAAUUUUAUACGGCCAGCACCAAAUCCCGUCGUUCUAACCCAGAUCCUUCGUUAGGUGUCGAGUCAAGAACAAGUCCAAGACGUUCGUCAAUCCAUUGUCGAACUUCCCAGCACCUUCCAGUACACCUGCUUCCACCUCGAGUUCAACGGCCAGCGCAUCAACGACUUCGUUGAAUUGUCGGAGGUACCAGACCUCAAGGCUGAUUCCGAGAUCGUCCUUGUGGAAGAUCCCUACAACGAGAAGGAGGCCCGCAUGCACGUUGUCCGCAUGAGGGAAUUGGUCGGUGCCGCUGGUGACCGUGUCGAUAACCUCCAUGGUCUCAGUGCGGGUUUGUCUCUGCACGAUGCCAUUGCGGCUGACGCCGAAGAGACCACCUCCGACAAGGACCACUCCCUUUCCAAGUACGAGAUUGCUAGCUCUCCAUCUUUGAAGACCAUCCUUCCUCGUGACGAGACCCCUCUUCCCAAGACCGUGAAGGCCAUCUCUCUUUCUGCUUGGAACCCUCCCCCCUACCACCUGCGUUCGAAGGGUCACUUGCUCUACCUCCAGGUUACCACCAACGAGGGCGAGCAGUUUCAGAUCACGUCCCACGUCUCUGGCUUCUACGUGAACAAGUGCUCGAACAUGAAGUUCGACCCCUCUCCCAAGACCAUCCCCAAGUGCGGCAAGGCCCACUCGCUGCUCUCCUUGAUCGCCCACCUGUCGCCUUCUUUCAGCUCCUCUUUCGAAGCGCUUCAGGAGACUAACAACAAGAAGGAUCUCCUGACUACCUUCCCGUUCCAGAACGCCAUCCCCAACAACCCGUGGUUGGUGCCUUCUCCGACCUCCAACGCCAACGCACACCAGUCGGAUAUUACUCGCUCCCAAGAGAACUACCUGAUCUCUGGCGUCGACAAUGCCGAGACUCUCAGAGACUGGAACGAGGAGUUCCAGACAACCCGGGAGCUUCCUCGGGAUACUGUUCAGGACCGUGUUUUCCGUGAGCGCUUGACCUCCAAGCUGUUCGCUGACUACAAUGAGGCCGCUGCUCGUGGUGCUGUUCUGGUCGCCCGCGGCGAGGUUGCCCCCUUGAACCCCACUGAGGACCGUGACGCCCAGAUCUUCGUGUACAACAACAUCUUCUACUCCUUUGGUGCCGACGGUGUUGGUACCUUCGCCUCCGAGGGCGGUGAUGAGGCUGCCCGCGUUGCUGUCGGCAAGGAUGUCCUGGGUAUCAAGGCUGUUAACCAGCUUGACAUCAACGGCCUGUUCACCCCCGGCACUGUUGUCGUUGACUAUCUCGGCAAGCGUAUCGUUGGUCAGAGCAUUGUUCCCGGUAUUUUCAAGCAGCGGGAGCCCGGUGAGCACCAGAUCGACUAUGGUGGUGUCGAGGGCAAGGAUGUCGUGGCCACCCACCCCGACUUCGUCCCUGUCUUCGAGAAGAUGUCCAAGGCUCUUCGUGUUAAGAAGCACGCUGUCUGGGACAAGGAGAACCAGCGUCACGAACUAGAGGGCAGUGUUGAGACGAAGGGUCUCUUGGGCACCGACGGUCGCAAGUACGUGCUGGACCUGUACCGCGUGACUCCCAUGGAUGUUACCUGGCAGGAGGAGGAGGGUAGCGACGCCUAUCCCCACCGCAUGUCCGUGCUGCGUCUGGAACUCGUUGAGUCGUACUGGAGACACAAAAUGAGCCAGUACGUCAAGGCUGAAGUUGAGCGCCGCCGCCAGGCCAAGGCUGAGGAGGAUGCCUCUAAGGAGAAGACCGAGGAGAACUCCGAGUCUAAGGAGCAGGAAGGCUCUGAGGAGAAGUCCGAGGAGAAGACUGAGGAGUCUAAUGAGCAGGAGCGCGUCGAUAUCUCCGGAUUUUCCCUUGCUCUGAACCCCGAUGUGUUCAGCGGCCAGGUUCCUCAGACCGAGGAGGAGAAGGAACAGUGGGCGCAGGAUGAGAAGGAAGUCCGCGAGACCUGCGACUACCUGCGCUCCAAGGUCAUGCCCGAGCUUGUCCAAGAUCUGCAUGACGGAGAUGUCGGUUUCCCCAUGGACGGACAAUCUCUCAGCCAAUUGCUGCACAAGCGCGGUAUCAACAUCCGCUACCUUGGCAAGCUGGCCCAGCUGUCCAAGGAGAAGGGAGCUCGUCUUGACGCUCUGACCACCCUCCUCGUCCAGGAGAUGAUCGCUCGUGGCUUCAAGCACAUUGCCAACCAGUACCUCCGCAACGUCCCGGCUCCUUUCGUUACCUCUUGCGUUGCCCACUUGUUGAACUGCCUCCUGGGUGCUGACGUCAACGCCAGCCCUCGCGCUGAGAUUGACGCUGCCAUGCGCUCGAUCUAUCCCGACGGUGACUUCUCUUUCGAGAAGGUCACUCCGGCUACUCUCCGCGCUGAGAUUGAGAAGCAGGUUACUAUCCGGUACCGCUUCAAUCUGGAGGCUGAGUGGUUCAACUCCCUGCGCCACCUGCAGCUUCUCCGUGACAUCUCUAUCAAGCUUGGUCUUCAGCUUGGUGCUCGCGAGUUCAUCUUCGACAAGUCCCAAAUCCCUGCCAAGUUGCCUGCUACCAACGGUGCCAACGGUUCCGCUCAGGAAGAGGGCAACGGCAAGAAGAAGAACAAGAAGAAGGGUGGCGACUCUAGCUCCCCUGCUCGUGCUCCUGUGGAGGAGAAGCCGGCUCUCACCAUCUCCGCCGAUGAUAUCCUUAACAUCGUGCCCCUCGUGAAGGACGCCUCUCCCCGCAGCUCGCUCGCUGAGGAGGCUCUUGAAGCCGGCCGUAUCUCUCUCAUGCAAAACCAGAAGCAGUUGGGUCAGGAGCUCAUUCUGGAAUCCCUGUCGCUGCAUGAGCAGAUCUACGGCAUCCUCCACCCCGAGGUUGCCAAGCUCUACCACCAGCUGUCUAUGCUCUACUACCAGACCGACGAGAAGGAAGCGGCCGUCGAAUUGGCUCGCAAGGCUGUCAUCGUCACUGAGCGUACUCUGGGUGUUGACUCCGCCGACACUAUCCUGAGCUACCUUAACCUCAGCUUGUUCGAGCAUGCCUCCGGCAACACCAAGACUGCCUUGGCCUACAUCAAGCAUGCUAUGGACUUGUGGAAGAUCAUCUAUGGUGCCAACCACCCUGAUUCGAUCACCACCAUGAAUAACGCCGCUGUCAUGCUGCAGCACUUGAAGCAGUACUCCGACUCCCGGAAGUGGUUUGAGGCUUCUCUGGUUGUAUGCGAGUCGCUCUUUGGCAAGCAGUCCAUUAACACCGCCACAAUCUUGUUCCAGCUCGCUCAGGCCCUGGCCCUCGACCAGGACUCGAAGGGUGCGGUUGCCAAGAUGCGCGAUGCUUACAACAUCUUCCUUGCCCAGUUGGGUCCCAACGACCGCAACACCAAGGAGGCUGAGACCUGGCUUGAGCAGCUCACUCAGAACGCUGUUUCUAUCGCUAAGCAUGCCAAGGACAUCCAGGCUCGCCGUCUGCGCCGCAUCAACAUGACCCCCCGCACUCUCGGCACCAAGGUCCAGCCUCAGGUCGGUCAGUCUGCCCCCGAGGCCGCUGGAGCCAAGAAUGGCACCUUGGAUGCUCGGAGCGUCGAUGAGUUGCUCAAGUUCAUUGAGGGUGGUGACCAAGGCUCUUCGAAGGCCAAGCAGAAGAAGCGUGCCGCUGCCAGCAACCCCAAGCUCCGUGGCUCGAAGAAAUCUUCCGCUUAAAUUCGAUCUUCCAUUUUUCCUUUUUCCUUCUUCUGAUGAGGUUAUUGGGUAAAACGAAAAGCUGCUCUGGUUUUGUUUUCCUUGGCUUAUAAAUGUCUUAACAUGAAUGUUGUAUUUUGACCCCAUAUAUCCUUGUCAAGGGUCAAUAUGUUGGAUGAGCGGCACGUUUGUAUUUUUGUAAAACUCUCUCUACUCUUUCACACCAAUUGGUGAUCAUGGUUCUAUGUUGAUUAUAUUUAUACACUUCUUUAUUUCUCAUUCUUUUCCGCGGGCAGAGCAUAGCAAGGUCGGGCGAUUUGCAUGCUAUAUCUGGGUGUGUUACCAUGUACUAUUUAUGACCAGCGACCUUCCAAAUGUGUCCGUAAUGAAUUUCAACACAUCACUCUGACUUUGUCUAUUCAUGUACACAAAUCAACACUAGCAUUUCUUUUU